AUGGCAAGAAUCCAGAUCAGUAUUCGGUUAGGAGAUGUUGAUGAAGCAGGGAGCCUGGUCAACGAUCUUGAUGUUGCUGGGCUCGUCUGUUCAGACGAGAUGUAUCAAACCGUGAGUAAUGCGCCAUGCGGAAGGGCGAUGGCACAAACAAUGCGUAUCAAAAACGAUCUUGCUUUCAUGGAAGGGCUACGAACAGGAGCCCCGAUAUGUUAUUCUGAUUUCAAAGCGGGGGAUGUGACGAGGAGCUACAUGACGAGUCUUUGCCCAAUGGAUGCUUUAUGGCUGAAACUCUGUAAGAAUCCUCCACUUGACGCCAUCUCAGCCAUCUCUCAGUUUCUGGGUCUAGUAGUCGAAGGCUCGGAAUCUGGUUAG